ACUAAAAUUUAAAAAUUUAAAAUCACCCUGGUUUUCAUAUUGGCACAACUGCAGCAUGCUUCCAACUUUCAGGCAGUUUUUCUUUCUGCCACACCUUAUUGUAAAGGCCCAAUACUUUCACCAUUGCAGUGUCACUGAGAUUAGCCAUCAUGAAUACAUCUCAUCCUUCCCAGAAGAUAUUACCCCAGCUUUAGCUAAUGCUCUCUUCAUCUCAGCCAACAUAAAAAAGGGGCAUUCAACGCAACCCCCACAAUCUCUCUGAUCCAGGACCCCGGAUGUUCUCCUCUGACCCUCUUUGCAUUCCUUUGUUUGCCCUUUUGGGCCUUUACUCAUUGGUCGGAAAGGAUCCGUUUUCGCGCCAAUUGCACUACAGUGCAUUGUGGGAAUUGGAUGUUUUGUUGACAUAACGUUAGCUAGAUACCUAUAGAUUUUAAUUUCUCAGGCACUGUAAAUUAGAUUUACAAAUGCGGGGAGACGAGUCAGAUUCCGACUCCGGGCGGACGGACGAGAGCUCCGUCCGAAAGAGUUUGGAAAUGCUUUGUCAGGAGCUGAAUAUGGACGAACAGACGGCAUCUGAAGCCAUGCAAAACUUCAAGUCGAUUUGGAAUACAUACACACUGGAGGGGGAAGUAGUUCAUUGGCUAGCCUGCUCUCUCUAUGCAGCCUGCAGAAAGGGCUCCACGCCCACUGUGGGUAAGGGAGUGAUGGAAGGCAACUGUGUGUCCCUGACUCGAAUACUCAGGACGUCGAAACUGAGUUUGAUUCAGUUCUUCAACAAGAUGAAGAAAUGGUCGGAUAUGUCCAACUUAUCUCAGGAAUUUCGGAAUCGCAUGGGCCGCCUGGAGAGAACCUUUGAAGUGUCAACUGUGAUCUUUCGGAAGUUUGAGCCCAUAUUCAUGGACAUGUUCCAGGAUCCUCAAGGGGAGCCCCCACGACAGCCUAGAAGCAGAAAACACAGGCGCCUGCCCUGUCACGUCAGUGAUGUAUUCAAAUUCUGCUGGACCCUGUUUGUGUACACUAAAGGAAAUUUCCGUAUGAUUGGCGAUGACUUGGUGAACUCAUACCACCUCCUGCUCUGCUGCUUGGACUUGGUGUUUGGAAAUGCCCUGCUGUGCUCCAACAGGAAAGACCUUGUCAACCCACUUUUCAAAGGCUUGCCCAGCAUCUUCAGGUUGGAAAACAACACCCCGGAGGAGCCGCCAUGUGUCAUCGACCGGCUGUGUGAGCUACACGACGGCUUGGUGGUGGAGGCCAAGGGCAUCAAGGAGCACUACUUCAAGCCCUACAUUAAAAGGCUCUUUGAGCGGCAGAUUCUUAAAGGGAACGAGGAUCUGCUGACAGAUCUACUGGAUCCACCAAACUUCAUAGAUAACAAUAAAGCGAUAAACCGGGAGUAUGAGGAAUACGUGCUGACUGUGGGGGACUUUGACGAGAGGGUGUUCCUGGGGGCGGACGCCGACGAGGAGAUCGGGACGCCCAGGAAGGCUGCACCAGAGCUCCGGACCUGCCAGCUGUCAGCCCGCAUGCAGGUGGAGAGCAACCUGCAACAGCACUUUGAGAAGAAGCGCACCCUGGCCCCCUCCACUCCUCUGACGGGCAGACGUUACCUGAAGGAGAAGGAGCUGCUGGUAACCCCUGUGUCCUCGGCCACGCAAAGCGUCAGCCGACUCCAGAGCAUGGUCUCAGGCCUGCGUAGCGCCCCCAGCGAGGCCCUGAUGCAGAUAUUCCAGUCAUGUUCGCGGGACCCCACCGAAGCCAUUCUGAGCAGAGUGAAAACCCUGGGACAGACGUUCAAGCAACAUUACACAAAUGACUCAGAGGAGCUGCCUGGAUCACACAUGGAUUUUGCUGAGAACAGGAUGAAGCUGGCUGAAAUCCUCUAUUACAAGAUCCUCGAGAACGUCAUGGCCCAGGAGACAAGGAGGCUACACGGCAAAGACAUGGCUGUGCUGCUGGAGCAGGACAUCUUCCACUGCUCUCUGAUGGCCUGCUGUCUGGAGGUGGUUCUCUUUGCCUACAGCUCCCAGCGCACCUUCCCCUGGAUCAUCAGCGUCUUCAAACUACGACCGUUCUACUUCUUCAAGGUGAUUGAGGUGUUCAUCCGCUCGGAAGAGGGUCUGUCCCGGGACAUGGUGAAGCACCUGAACUCCAUCGAAGAGCAGGUGCUGGAGUGCCAGGCCUGGACAGCAGACUCUGUGCUGUGGGAGGCCUUGGAGCAGGCUCACAACAAGGUCCCCACCGUGGAGGAGGUGAACUUCCCCAGUAGUUUUGACACGGGGAGCAACAGCAGUGCUGGUCCCUCCCACCUUCCCCUGGUGGCCCUCUCCCCCAUCAUCCACCCCCGCAUCCGAGAGUUUAGAACGGGCCUGAGCAGCGCACGCAAAGACAUUCCUCCGUCGCCCUUAUCCGUCCACGACCGUUACAGCUCCCCGGCGGCAGGCAGUGCCAAGCGGCGUCUGUUUGGGGACGACAGCAGCAGCCAGGCCCAGCAGUCCCUUGCCAAGAGGCUCACGUUCACGCCUGGGGGGACGCUGAAGAUCGAGACCCCCACCAUACUCAAUAUGACCACAGCCAAUGGCCAGCAGCUCAGCAUCCCACUGCAAGGUAUAAAGAAUGAUCUGGGAGGCAUCACACUGAUCCAGGUGCAGACCGGAGGGGAGCCCGGCAGCCCCAUUACAGCCCAGGUCCUCCUGACAGCCUCACCCAGCCCGGCACCUCAGGCCCAGCCAGACCCCCAACAGAGCCGGCCCCGACGCACAGGCUCCUUGGCCCUCUUCUUCAGGAAGGUGUACCACCUGGCCAGUGUGCGGCUAAGAGACCUGUGCGUGAGGCUGGACAUCUCGGCAGAGCUGCGGGGGAAGAUCUGGACGUGCUUUGAGCACUCCGUCGUCCAGUGUCCGGAGCUGAUGAAGGACAGACACCUGGACCAGCUCCUCCUUUGCGCCGUCUACAUCAUCUCUAAGAUUACGAAAGAAGGCCACACGUUCCAGGACAUCAUGAAAUGUUACCGCAGUCAACCACAAGCCAGCAGUCAUGUCUACCGCAGUGUCCUCAUCCGGCCCAGCAGCACUAGAGAACAGCCCUCAGACGAGAACAUGGAAGUGGACCCCACCUCUGGUGGAAAAUUCUUAAUUUCAGCUGCUGAGAAAGCCGACCAGAGCAGCAGAGAGGAGGCCCCUGUCCAAGGCGAGGAGCGCGGCGACCUCAUCCAGUUCUACAACUCUGUCUAUGUGCUGAAGAUAAAGGGCUUUGCCCUCCGAUACGCCGCCCCCAGCAUGGACAACAGGAUGGAGGCCCCUCCUCUGUCUCCGUUCCCCUCGAUGAGAGCCCAGCCGCUGUCCCCCCGCCGCAUCUCCCAGAGACACUCGAUCUACGUGUCCCCACACAAGAAUGGCUCCUGUCUCACCCCCAAUUCUGCCUACACCUACAAGAUCAACGGCAGCCCCUCCAAAGAGCUGACUGACAUCAACAGGAUGAUCCGCCAGGGCGGGGUGAGCAGGAAAAGGGCCUUUUCCAUGGAGGGCGACUACUUGGGCGAGUCCCCCACCAAACGGGUGUGUCCCGAGAGCGAGGAUGUGCUGCUCAAACGGCUGCAGGAUGUGGUCAGUGAGAGAGCCCACCACUGAGAGAGCCCACCACUGAGAGAGCCCCUCCCAAACCCAAAUCCCACCCUGAAACUCAAUCUCUCUUUAAGAACCCAACAUUCCAGUGCCAACAACUCAUUAAUGUCCUCCGCAAGUGCUUACCCUACUUAUAGUCUGUAGCUUUUUCUGGUCAACAUUUCUUUUGUCUUCAGAUGUGAUUUCCCCUCGAUUUCACAAAGUCACAUGAACCAAAACCUGUGUUGCUUUUAAAUUGUUCAUGGACUUUAAGACGGUGACCAAAUAGGCUUUUGCUGCUGAAUUGGUUUAUCAUAAAUUAUCCUUUGGCCCUCUGUAUUGCAUUGUAAAGUAUGCAUGCGGUAUCAUAGCAGAAAGGGCUGGUUUCUAUAUGAAAUAUGGCAGUUUGACUUUGUUUUCCUUCAUACUGCUAGUUAAGGCAGCAUUUGUGUAGUAUCUACACUUUUUAUUUUGUCUUAUUUUAAGGGAAAUUUCUUAGGUAUGAUCAGUGGUGCUAUUUUUGAUAAAAUAUUAAUUGGUUUUAAAAUCUUAACUCAACCGCAACAUCUUACAGUAAUCCAAACAUCAACUACAUACCAACAUGUCUGGUAUUGCACAUUUCCUUGAUGUAGUAGGGGCUCGAAUUUGAUGGAUUUCUUAUCAUCAGGAGUUGAAAUUCCAAUGUUACAACAACCUAAUUUAGUAAAUGUGAGCCUCAUUAUGUCAUACAGUGCAUUUGGAAAGUAUUCAGACCCCUUGACUUUUUCCACAUUUUAUUAUG